AUAGUAAUAAUAUAAAAUGUGUAUCAUUUUCUCCAAGAACAAUAUAGUGGUAAGGAAUUGUUUUCAAAGUUUAGCUUGUUAGGCGAAAUGAGGUCUAGUUUAUUGAUGUCUGUAGUUACUAGUGUAAUUACUCCAGCCAUAAAAAGCAAAUCUUGUUGUUUCAUGAGUUUAUCGCAUUAUCCACCAUUGAUGACUGCUAGCUACCGUUGUUUUCGUGCCCGGAGUAGCCUUUCGUGCUGUAAUAGUCAUGCUGAUGAUGAUAUGAGUGCCCUCUUUCAGAUUCUGCCAUGUGACUUACGGGACACCCUUUUGUGUGACCCCAGCCAAGAUCAACUAGUAGAGGUGAUUUUAGAUUUAGGCUGUUUGCCACAAGCACAUUACAUAGAUGAUUCUGGGAGGCGUUACCUUCGAAAUACUGAGGUCUCUAUGGAAGAAAUACAAUGUGUCCUCAAGGAAAUUGGACAAUUUGGAGGAGAUAAUAGAGCUGGCAUUGAGGGUACUUUGCAUCGCAUUUCCGCAAUUAGGAAUAGGAAGGGUGAAGUCAUUGGUUUGACUUGCCGAGUUGGCAGGGCCAGAGGACAGAUUGACAUGGUGUGGGAUUUGCUUGAUUUUGGUGAAAGCAUCUUGUUUGUUGGACGACCUGGUGUUGGUAAAACUACGAUUGUGCGAGAGAUAUCUCGUGUCUUGUCCGAUGAACUUCAUAAAAGAGUGGUUAUUGUUGACACAAGCAAUGAAAUAGGAGGUGAUGGGGAUAUCCCACACCCAGCAAUAGGAGGGGCAAGAAGAUUGCAGGUUCCAGACCCAUCGAUGCAGCAUCAGGUUAUGAUUGAGGCAGUGGAGAACCACAUGCCCGAGGUGAUCAUUAUAGAUGAGAUUGGCACUGAAUCUGAAGUUCAUGCUUGUCGUACAAUUGCUGAGAGAGGUGUUAUGCUUAUUGGUACAGCUCAUGGCGAACAGCUAGAGAAUAUAAUUAAGAAUCCAACUCUGUCUGAUCUGAUUGGAGGAGUAGUAACUGUGACUCUAAGUGAUCAGGAGGCACGAAUCAGGAACUGCAGUGAAAGUGUUCUUGAGAGGAAAGCUCCAUCGCCCUUUCCUUUUUUGAUUGAAAUAAACGAGAGAGACUACUGGAUUGUACACCGGACUGAAAGAAGUGUUGAUGCUCUGCUUCGGGGUAAAAAACCGCUAGUUGAGGUUAGGAGGAGAACUCAGCAAUUACAGGUUGUGAUUGAGAGAUGGAGAACAAAAGCCUAAAUACAAUUAACUUCUGGUACUGCUCUACUGGUAAACAUAUUGAUCAUGCAUACACCAACAUUUCUUUCUCUUUUAUUGGUUCAACGUUUCUUUCUUGUUGCGUGAAUGGAGAGAAAAUAUCCAAUGCUUCCCUCUUUCUUCUAGCUACCCUCUAGUCUUGAUACAGAAUCAAUGCUUGAUUACUGUGCUCUUGAGUUGGUU